AUGGGCGGACGCACGGGGGCCUGCCGCCCCUUGGGCCGAAUUACCAGGGAACGGGUCUUCAAAGCCCAGCCCAAAACUCCCACUAACCUAGCGCCAGCCCUGCCAGCUGCCACGUCCCGUCCCCGAGCCGAGCGCCGCACGCACUCGCCCUCCGCGAGUCGCCCCGUGCCCCCGUCCGGCCGGCCCCAUCCUCGCGAGCAGGGGUCGCGACUCCGUCGACUCGCCCCGUCCGCCGCCUUCCGCCGCCCAGCUGCCCCGCCAGCCGGAGGCCGGAGUGCCUCGCCGACGGCCAGCUCCCCCGCGCCGGCGCGCCCCCGCCUGGCCGCCUCAACCCUUGGCCGGCGCUCGGAGGCCACAGCCAGCCGCCCAGGCACCCACGGCCCACGCCCAGCUGGCGAGCUGCCUAGGCUGCCCGCGCCAGGCCGCCGCAGGGCCUUCUGCAGUUCUGCUGCUCCUCUCUCCUGUUGCCUGCUGCGGUAUUAG